AUGUCGAUAUCACACUUGGACCUGAUGCAGGAGUCGGGUCAGACGGACUCGCUGGACCGGGGCUGGUCCAUUUCGUUCGCGGGCUGCGGCUUCAUGGGGGUGUACUACAUCGGAGUGGCGGCAUGUCUGUUCCAGAGGUGCCCGGAGCUGGUGCACCGGGCCGCUCGCCUCUACGGUUCCUCCGCGGGGGCUCUGCUCGCGGCCAUCCUCACCGUGGGCAUCCCGCUCGAGGAGGCGUGCUCAGAGCUCAUGUCGCUGGCUCGUGGUGCUCGUGCUCACAGACUUGGGCCGCUGCACCCCGACUUCAACCUGAUGCAGCAUGUGCACAACUUCCUCGUCCGCACUCUCCCCGUGGACGCUUACGUGCAUGCGUCCGGGCGCCUCUUCAUCUCCGUGACCCGCGUCCCAGACCGAAAGAAUCAACUGCUGUCUGAGUUCAAUAGCAACGAGGAACUGAUACAGGCACUGAUCUGCAGUUGUUUUGUGCCAUUUUACUGUGGAAUUUUUCCUCCCAAAUACAGAGGAGUGCGUUAUGUAGACGGAGCGGUCAGCGACAACCUGCCGCGCUGUGACCAGAAGAAAACCAUCACCAUCAGCCCCUACGCUGGAGAGAGUGACAUAUGCCCCCAACCCCAGUACACGAGCCAGGUUCUGUUCAACAACAUGAGCAUUGAAGUGAACCCAGAAAACCUGUACCGGGUGACCAGUACCUUCUUCCCCCCAGAACCACAGGUUUUGGCUGAGAUCUGUCAGAAUGGGUUUGUGGACGCUCUGAGGUUUCUGCAGGAAAAUGGUAUGGUGAACGAUGACGCUCCGGUGCAGAUGAACAAGCCAUGGGAACCGUGUUGUGAAUGGGAACACAUGUUUCAACCAGACGACAGGGAAAUACAAACGAGCCAAUCGAAGCUAACGAGAGAGGAGAUCAUCCAAUCAGAGCAGAGGAAACACAAACCUCACUCGUGGCUUGACCCAAGAGUCACUGACAAACUGCCUCCAGGAAUCAGGACAGUAUUGUGUGAAUCAUGCAGACUCUCUCUCCCCUCCUUCGGCCUCCUCUCUCAGGUGAGGUUGUACCUGCGUCUGCCUAAGCCCCGCCCUCUCCAUGCGCCCUGGACCAUCGCACGCAGGCUGGUGGAGUGGCUGCCUGACGCUCCCACAGACCUGAGUUGGCUCUAUUCUGUGUUCAGCCCUAUAUGGAAAGAGGAGGAAGAGGAGGAGGAGCUAACGAGCAGUGAGGUUCCUCUUCGUCGCUGCAGAAGUCUCCCCUCUGGACUCGCUCUGUUCGACUGCAGCGAAAACGACCAAUCUGCCCCAAAGCUGUCCACCAAAAUAUGAACCAAAAUAUUAACAGAAAUAUCCCAAAUAAUCCCUCUAAACCAGUGGUUCUUA